AUGGCGGGCUCGUCGGCAUCCAGUCCGGCGGCACGACAUCCAUUUUGGCUCCGGCGACUUCCAGCGGGGAUAAAAAAAGGAGGCGGUGGCGUUGAGGAUCUCCAGGCGAGGGCGACGGCGAAACCUGGCCGAGCAAGCUCAACUCCGGUGGGCAGCCAUGGAUACUUCCAUGGCAAAAAGCAAAUAGAGAAGGUUAAUGCUUGGCUUUUUAACUCCAAAGACUUUGUUGCCGGUAAUUGCAAGACCAGCACUAGUUUUUGGGGUCAGAUAGCUGCAACCUUCAACUCUACCUCGGAUCCUGCCCGUCAUCGGACCUCGAAGCAGCUGAAGGAUCAUUGGAACGCCUACAACAAGGAGGUGUCCCUGUUCAAUGCAUUCCACAUCCAAGAAUCAGCGUUACUUCAGAGUGGAGCAGACGAUGAUAUGGUCAUGAAGGCGGCAAUGGAGAGGUACGCGAAUGACAAAAGAGUGACUCAGCUGCUCAGACGGCACCACUGGUGGCAAGCUGUUCGCAAUGAAGCGAAGUGGAAAGGACAACAUGGUCCUGGUAGUGGAACCGACUCCACUUCCAAGAGAAGCCGUCUAGGACUUUCUGGUGAGUACAGCUCUAGCGACGCGACAGGCGACACGGAGGAAGAGCGUCCAACGGGCCGCGAUAGGGCCAAGGCCGCGGCACGUAAGGGUAGGAGGAAGGGGAAGGAAACCUCAUCAAGCAGUGAGGUAGGAAGUAAAUCCUUCACGAUGAGGAACAUGAUGAAGAAUUUAGUGAAGGCUAAGCUAUUCAAGCAAUGGAACAAAAUGUAA